AUGAGCAUCUCUUCUCUAGAUCUAGCGAAGGAUACCGAGUUUGUCGAAAACUUCACCGAAGUACACCUCGCCAAUGUUCCUGACGAUGGCUAUGCUGUCAGACCUAACAGGGAGCGAAGAAUCAAGCUCUUCGCCAAGUUACUCCACUGCAAACGAGCUGAUGCUUCGGGUCUUUUCCGGUUCACCAAGGCCAACGAUAAGAAGUAUGAUUUUCCACGGCCGGCGCCAAUACGUGCAGGCCCACCUCCUUUUGUCGGGCAGUAUGCUCGUGACCGACUCAAUAUUUGUUUGUUUUAUCUUGUGUUCCAGAAUCGUCGGGAUGCUGAUCGCAACCAAGGCUUACAAGUUGGCGGCCGAGGCAACGAUGGUCAGGGCGGCCAAGGCAACGAUGGUCAGGGCGGCCAAGGCAACUGUGAUCGGGACCAAGGCAACGUUAGUCAUGGCCAAAGGCACAGGGGUCAAGGCAACAACCCUCAAGGAGAUAGCCUAGACCGCCAGCUCGGUACCAGUGGUCAGCAUCGUGUUCAGGAUAGCGAUGGAUUAGGUGGCGAACAGGCUGAUGGCGGGCGUCGUUCUGGUCAGUGCCAUGAUGAUGAAGAGGGCAAGGGGAAUGAUGACGACGAUGGGCCAGCAUCCAAGCGGGGGAGACUUGAAGAUAAAAAAGCCAACACAGCCGGAGCCGGAGCAUCUGGCAAUCAGGCGGCUGCCAAUGGGCGCGCAGCAGAACCACCAUCGUUGCUUGCCGCUGCCUUUGCCGCAUUGAAUUGA